AUGUCUCUUUUCAGUCAGCAGACUUACUUAUUUCAACAUCCAAGAUGUCAUUCUACUGAGAAACCCUAUAAAUGUAAGGAAUGUGGAAAGGCCUUUAGACGAGCUUCACACCUUACUCAGCAUCAGAGUAUUCAUACUGGGGAAAAACCUUACAAAUGUGAACAGUGUGGUAAAGCCUUUAGUCGUGAUUCCCAGCUCAGUCUUCAUCAGAGACUUCAUACUGGUGAGAAACCCUAUGCAUGCAAGGAAUGUGGAAAGGCCUUUACACAGAGUUCACAACUUAUUUUACAUCAUAGAAUUCAUACUGGUGAAAAACCAUAUAAAUGUGAAGAAUGUGGGAAAGCCUUUAUUCGUAGCUCCCAACUCAAUCGACAUCAAAAGGUCCAUACUGGUGAGAAACCUUAUGAAUGUAAAGAGUGUGGGAAAGCCUUUACUCAGAAUUCACAACUUACUCUUCACCAGAGACUUCAUACAGGUGAAAAGCUCUUUGAAUGUAAAGAAUGUAGAAAGGUCUUUAUUCAGCUCUCUCAACUUACUCUACAUAAGAGAAUCCAUACCGGUGAGAAACCCUAUGAAUGCAAAGAAUGUGGGAAAGCCUUUAUUUGUGGUUCACAACUUUCUCAACAUCAGAAAAUUCAUAAUGGGGUAAAACCAUAUGAAUGUAAUGAGUGUGGAAAGGCCUUCAUUCGGGGCUCAUUACUUAUGCAACAUCAGAGGAUUCAUACCGGUGAAAAACCCUAUAAAUGUGAAGAAUGUGGGAAAGCUUUUAUCCGUGGUUCACAGCUUACUCAGCACCUGAGAAUCCAUACCAAUGAGAAGCCUUAUGAAUGUAAGGAAUGUGAGAAAACCUUUAGCCAUGGCUCCCAACUUACUCAACAUCAGAGAAUUCACACUGGUGAGAAACCUUAUCAGUGUAAGGAAUGUGGAAAGGCCUUUAAUCGUGGCUCACUUCUUACUCGUCAUCAGAGAAUUCACACUGGUGAAAAACCCUAUGAAUGUAAGGAAUGUGGAAAGACCUUUAGUCGUGGCUCAGAACUUACUCAGCAUGAGAGAAUCCAUACUGGUGAAAAACCAUAUGAAUGUAAGGAAUGUGGAAAAUCUUUCAUUCGUGGCUCACAGCUUACUCAACAUCAGAGAAUUCAUACUGGUGAGAAGCCUUAUGAAUGUAAAGAAUGUAGAAUGGCCUUUACUCAGAGUUCACACCUUUCUCAACACCAGAGACUUCAUACUGGGGAAAAACCUUAUCAGUGUAAGGAUUGUGGGAAAGCCUUUGUUCGUGGCUCACAACUUACUCAACAUCAACGAAUUCACAGUGGAGAAAAACCCUAUGAGUGCAAAGAGUGUGGAAAGGCUUUUAGUCACAGCUCCCAACUAACUCUACAUCAGAGAAUUCAUACUGGUGAGAAGCCCUAUGAGUGCAAAGAAUGUGGAAAGGCCUUUACUCAGAGCGCCCAUCUUUCUCGACAUCAGAGAAUUCAUACUAGUGAAAAACUAUAUCAAUGCAAGCAAUGUGGGAAAGCCUUUACUCGUGGCUCACAACUAACUCAACAUCAGAGGCAUCACAUCAGUGAGAAAUCUUUUUAA